GCCUGUGAAAUCAAUAACUUAGCUCGUUUGAUAUCCAGCGACUCGGUUGUGUGGCUUGUAUUUGUUUUUACUUUCAUCUAAUUGCACGAAUGAUGAGAGCACCGUAGGGCUUGGGUGGUUGUAGUGCAGGAUGAUAAUGAACAGGACAUGAAAUUCUGUUCGUAUUUGUGACAGAUGCCUUGUUACUCUCCAUCUUCUUCGAACAGGGACAUUAUCAGGGUGGUUGAUUAGAACCUCAUAUAACCUACACCCAUCGAUAUCGCCUUCUGCGACGCAGCUAGCUGUUCUGGCAGCUGGCUGUUCUGGGCCCCGUAAUUUGUUGGAAGACGUUGCACCCUCUGGUGGUUUUGCUUUAUGAUCACCUGCGGACAAUUAGAAUAUACAAUUAGAAUAUACAAUCUGAAUCUUUGCCUACAUAUUCAUUAUGAUAUCCGAUAUAAUGUUGCGAAAUGAAUUGGAUGUAGUGUGUGACCACAUCAAGCUCCUACUUGCUAGAGCAUGUUGAAUCUCGAUCAAAUCAAGACGUGACGCCAACAUGUCUGAGAACGAAGUUUCUUCAAACCACCGAACGACUAGUAGUAAUCCGAAAAAAACAAGGCUUUCGCUCGUCGAGCGUCAACAGCAGCUCUUGGAAGAAAAAGGAUUUUCCAAGCCAUCGAAAGCCGUGACCGCGACGAGCACCGCCUCGUCCAAAAAUUCCGAUGCUGAUCAUGGAGCCGGAGCUGCCCGCCGGGGUGGGCUCUUAUCUCGGGCGGACGAGACCCUUAUUCGCCGAGGCCGCGGCAAUGCAACCUCGGCGUCGCGCAAAGCCAUUCAGCCCGAAGAGCCGGACGGAGCAGAGCUGCAGGGUGCCUCAGGAGAUGAUCGCCCCGGAGGAGCUACUGGCGGUGCGACCCAACAUAUCCAAGGAAAAAAGUGUUACAGUUACACAUUUGUAGUGAAUUCAGCAUCACAAUAAAAACUUUGUCCCGCAUGACAGAGUAAUGCAGAGAUCAUAAGGCAAAACUAAACACACACGAAACGAGACUCGCAAGCAUUUUGCGCAUGACAGAAGUCGUCUCGCUUGUGUGUUUUGCAACACAAUGUGUAACUGUAACACUUUUUUCUUUGCAUAGAACAACAAGACGACACGGCAUCCGUGGCGACGACCCGAAGGUCGACCUGGUCAGCAGCGCCCUCGCUGCAUCCCAGCGUUGCAGCGUCGGGGAAGGCAUUUUCCCUUGCGUGCAGCGAAACAACCAUUGGGGCUGGGGACGAGACGAUGUAUUGGGACUAUCAGCACCGUAUCAAAUGUAAAAAUGUCUGGGUCUGGAAGAAUGCAACUUGUGAUGCUGCAUCUGGAUUCCAAAAAAAUCUGUAUUGCAUGACGAGUAGCAAAGGGAAUGCAAUUUUUGCUACGCUGAGAAGGCAUUUGUCAUGCGGAAUACGCAUCAAGAAGCCCUCAAAAAAUCUGUAUUGCUAGGGUAUGCAUCACAGACAUCAUGGCUCAUGCAAAACGUGCGUGACAAGUGUCAGAAUCUUCCAGACCCAGACACUUUUACAGUUGAUACACCGGCUGGCGCAGAGAAGUGACCUGGGCCACAUGUGCCGCGAGUGUCGAAAACCUUUCACGCAAGUUGGGGAGCCCAUCACCGAGCGACGCGGGUCCCGCAUAUCGACCAGGUACCACGCCGAGUGCUUCUCCGGAUACGCAGAUCCCAGAUCGCAAGCCCGAUCCUCCACUCACGAGGGCAGAUUAGCAGGAACGCAGUUUGAAGCCGCCCCCGACGGUCCGUUUUCGAUAUCAAAUCUGAACAAGUGUCCACGUGCCACAAGAAAAAAUUUCAAACCAAGAUCUUGGUUGCGGUUACGACCGUAAAGAAAUAGAAAAUUGUGCAUCAAGAUGAACAACUAGCGCACACCUCUUCUGUUCUCACAAAAAUGAUGUUGAUAAUGCCUCAUGUUUCUAUGUGACUGUGAGUAAGCGUGUGUACGCCGCGUGAUCCCCCCGCCUCGUCAAUAUCUUUUGAUAUCUUUGGUUGUAUUGUAUUCAUUCAUGCAACCUCCAGCAUUUUUCGAGGAACACGAAUCGAGCAAGCUCGUCCUCUGGUCGUGGUGCUUUUCGCCUCGAAGUCGAAAAAUGCGCACACAGUCUCACUUCUCCGGCGGUACCACUGGCAAAUCGGUAGGCGCACAAAUGGCCAUGGGGAGAUUGAGCUUCGCUCGCUCUUCUCGCGGCGUAGACACGACAUCUGGGCUAAUGCAGCAGGAAGGUGAUCUUCAACACCAGAACUUGAGAGCUAGUUCUAGUAGAGUGACGGGUGGCGAUGGGACUGGGAGCGACCUCACAGCCGACAGGCUGGCACUUCUUGACUCGGUAUCAUGCAGGAAACAGCCAGUGUAUGUGUAAGUGAUGAAUUUUUUUAUGAUAUCAGUAUUUUUUCCGUUGAAAUGUUGGCGAUGAAUGGCUGAAUAAAGUGAAACAUGCGAUGGAAGUUCUGCCUUGCGCGCAAUGAAGAUUAGUAUUCUAUUUUACUAUGCAGGAGCAGCAUGCAAUGCGUGGCGGGGGUAAACUGAAAGUCACGCUUGAAGAUAUGCUAGGCAUUUUCUGCACGAAACAGCAAGAAUUCCGGAGCGAAGACUCUGAACAUGCUAGAAAGGAUCAUCGAGGAAAUUCCACUAGAGCCAGACUCCGGCGACCCUGA